AUAGCACCUACCGAGGAUACACCUACGGAGGAUACACCGACAGUAGUGGCUGCUGACUCCCACCUACCUCCGACAUGUCUCUUGAUGCUUCCAUGUUAGACCGCAGCGACAGUGUCGAGUACUUCUGGGGUGGAGAACUAACUCGGGAUAAGCCUGAGCUCAUAUGGGACAUGAAAGGCGACAUAAGCGAAGAUGAAGACGACGACGAUUUUGCUAUUCAUACACUCUUCUUGAAAGUGGUGACACUGGGCAAGGCAGCUGUUAGUAAGGAAGAGAACAUUGUACAGGUGGAGGCGGUCAACUACAACAACAUCACGGUCAAGCAACCACUGGUCAACAUGGUUGCUGGCGUCAACAACACGGUUGCCCUUGACAUGAGUUUCUCUGGCAAGUUCAAAACAGUGUUCCGACUGACUGAAGGGUCAGGCCCAGUCUACUUGUCAGGUCACCAUUUAGUGGAGGUACCAAAGGAAGACUUCUCUCAAGAUGACUCCUUCAACGGUGACGAGGUAACGGAGAUUUCCGAAGAACACGAUGAUGACGACGAUGAAGAAGGCGUGUCGAAAUUGAAGAGCAAAUCCAAAAAGAGACGAGGCAGCGGCAGCAGCAGCCCCCACACCAAAGUUUCAAAACCUAAGCAGAAAAGCAAGAUGGAGCCCAAGGAUUCAGACAGUGAAGAGGACGAGGACAGCGAGGAUUCUGAGUGGGAUGACCAUUUCGAUCUGUCCUCGGCGAGGAAGAAGAAAGGAAAGGCGGGACAGUCAAAGAAAGAGAAAGGAUCCGCAACAACUUCGAAGGCAGGCAAGAAAGCCAAGAAGCCACCAGCCAAGAAGUAGACCUUCAAUAUUGAUAUCGAGUGCGCAGGACAUUAACCUCUGUUGACAAUAUCAUCGAUGUAAACGAUAUUUAUAGUGACAAGAUCACUGACUCAUAUUUGGUUUUUUCUCUACUGUCUCAAUUUCUUUUCACUUUGCUUUUGAAUAAAAAUAUU